GGCCGGCCGGCGGUCGUUGCAGAAGCCUCGCGCAACUCCCUCUGGCCAAUCGCACCACCUAACACAGCAGCUGCGGCCAGCCUCUGCAACGAGCAUCGUGGAAGGUUCAAAAGUUGGCAGUGAGGGUGAGGGGGCCUCAGCAGGUCCACCAUCCUCAAUGCGGCAGUGCCGUGUGCGUGCCCCUGUGAGCGGUGAUGGCCGGUGGGAGUAUGGGGGGAGGCUGCAGGACGUGCUUGAGGCGGCGACGCAGCACCACUGGACGGCCGAGUGUCUGUGGAGGGAGGCGGUGGUGUUUGUUACGGCAUACAAGCUGCAGGAGGGCGACAAGGUACCAUUCAUCGAAGAGAUGCUGCCUGAGCGGUACUUCCAGUCGCCAUUCUAUCAGCAGGUCUGUACAUAUACAUUCGGAGUAGACAGAAAUGACUUGACAAAAGGAACCCUCCUUUGUAUGUGCGUCUUUGUCUUGCUUUGUGCAGUGUUACCUGGUCUACACGGCCCUUCGUGACUUCCAGGCCCAGCUGUAUCGCCCUCACUCAUGCCCCAGCACAUCCACCACAGUUUCACACAAUACGGCAGACAGCUCCGACUCUGCCGCUGAGCCCGCGAGCACUGGCACAGACACGCCAGCAGCCACACCACACCAGCAUGAUGAUGGAGGGGGUGCCUCUGCCCCCUCGUCUCUGUCUGAGUGGGUGGUGGCGUUCGACAAGCGGUAUGGGCAGGCGUAUGUGUUCAACACGCACACGGGGCAGAGCCAGUGGACGACACAGGGGCCCCUACUUGACCUCACAGACGGGAUAAAUCUCGAGGGUGGUCUCGAUACAUGACAUGAUCGGUGUGUGUG